AUGGCAAGGCCAGCUCCCAGCAAGACUCCAGAAGUGCUGCUGCUUCGCAAGACCGAAACCAGAGAGCUGGAGGCGUCCGGCGGCUCCCCCGUCAAACUAACGCCUGAGAAGGCCCUGGGCGAAAUGUACCUGGAGGACAAUGAGACGGGUGCCGGGGUGGUCAGCUACCUGGACAGCGGGUACGACUACGCCGCCCCUCCAGCUGCCGCCACCCCGCUCUACAACAGCGGCGGCAUGGGCUACUACUCGGCGCCGGUGGACGCCCAUGGCACUGGCUCUGACGCCAGCCUGCAUUCCUUGGGCAGCGUGCCCACCAGCCCGUUGGUGUUCAUGCCGUCCAGCCCGCAGCUUUCCCCCUUCAUCCACCACUCCCAACAACCCUGCCAGCAGGUGCCCUUCUAUCUGGAGAGCGCCUCCACGCCGGUCUUCAGGUCGAACACAGGAAGUAAAACUCAUACCAUGCGCGAACAGUAUGGUAGUGCCUCAGACAGACAGCCAACUAUGGGGACAUUGGAGACAACGAAGGAGACCCGUUACUGUGCGGUGUGUAGCGAUUACGCCUCGGGAUAUCACUACGGCGUCUGGUCCUGUGAGGGCUGUAAAGCCUUCUUUAAGAGAAGUAUUCAAGGUCACAAUGACUACAUAUGCCCAGCAACCAACCAGUGCACCAUUGACAGGAACCGCAGAAAGAGCUGCCAGGCCUGCCGACUGCGCAAGUGUUACGAAGUGGGAAUGAUGAAAGGCGGACUCCGUAAGGACCGCGGGGGGCGCCACUUGCUGCGGGAGCGGCAGAAGGAGGCAGAGCAGCGUGAGAAGAGCUGCAGUGAGCUGGUUGCCCCACCGCUGCACCCCCCACUGCAGGUUGGCGGUGGCGGCGCCAGGCGCGGCGUGGGCGUUCCGGUGGAUCAGGUCCUGCCGCUUCUGCUGAACGCCGAGCCGCCCAGCAUCUGCUCCAAGCAGAAGCACAGCGGGCCCUACACCGAGGUCAGCAUGAUGACCCUGCUCACCAACCUGGCCGACAAGGAGCUGGUGCACAUGAUUGCCUGGGCCAAGAAGGUACCAGGCUUCCAGGAGCUGUCCCUCCAUGACCAGGUGCAGCUGCUGGAGAGCUCCUGGCUGGAGGUCCUGAUCAUAGGCCUGGUAUGGCGCUCCAUCCACUGCCCAGGGAAACUCCUCUUCGCGCAAGACCUCAUCUUAGACAGGAGUGAGGGAAGCUGUGUGGAGGGCAUGGCUGAGAUCUUCGACAUGAUCCUCGCCACCGUCUCCCGGUUCCGCGCCCUGAAACUCAAAUCAGAGGAGUUUGUCUGUCUCAAAGCAAUCAUCCUGCUCAACUCCGGUGCCUUCCCAUUCUGCUCCAGCUCUGUGGAGCCCCUCAACGACAGCCCUACGGUCCAGAGCAUGCUGGAUACAAUCACCGACGCUCUCAUCCACUACAUCGCCAAGUCAGGCCUGGCUGCGCAGCAGCAAUCCAGAAGGCAGGCCCAGCUUCUCCUCCUGCUCUCCCACAUACGACACAUGAGCAACAAAGGCAUGGAGCACUUGUACAGCAUGAAGUGUAAGAACAUGGUGCCCCUGUAUGACCUUUUGCUGGAGCUGCUGGAUGCCCAUAGGUUACACUCCCCAGCCAAAGCUGAGCAGGCCAAGGUCCAGGCUGAGGUGUCCGCCUGUACGCCCUUCUGUGUCCAGAGCAGUCUCAAUGUGGAGUCCUAAUGUCCAGCGGGGGAAAACGUCCCAAUUGCACAACAACAGAACUCCUUCUGCCCCGUUCAGGCUUCCCAAAAUCGUCAAGGGGAGCUGCUGAGAUCUUUAUUAAGGAGGUUCCAUUGAGCUUUUAGAUUAAAUACCGAUCUGAAUUAGUCAUCACUCUACAAGUUGUCUGUUGUUAUGUUCUUUGCUGAAGACAUUGGUUGUUGGAAGGACAUUUGUUUUAACAGAAAGACACAAGUACACGCUGUUUAUAUUCAUUUGAGGCUUCAUUGAUUAAAUAUAGCCUAUAACUAUGAACUGAAUAACUAAUUAAGCAUCGGCAUAGCGAUACUGCCCAUAUUUAUCAAAAGGGGCAAUAAAUACUAGCUAGACAUAAAAACAAUUUAUUAGUGCAUACACAUGCCCAAGAGCACAAAGAAAUUGAUUGCAGAUGAAAUGUAGAGGUCAACUUCACACCAGCAUUCAUUUAACAGCUAAAUACAAGCUACUUAAGUGAGAGCUUAGCUACAGUGAAAGUAGCAAAUACAGUGUUCCCCAUGACCAGAGUUGGAAAAUUUGAUUCAGUAUGUGUUCAGUGUUUGUGCCGAAAUAUCGAGCAAAUGACUGAAAACAAGAGAUAGCUGUUGAUUCUGACUACAGUAAACCGCACUAUGGUCACUCUGUUAGUGUCUCAAGUUUACACAGGUGAAAUGCUGUACCUCCACUAGGAAGUAAUGUAUGUUAAAGCCAAAAUAUAAAGCCCCCAUUUCAUGGUCUGUGCUUAACACAUUUCUAAAAUUAUUGCCAUUAAUUGUUUUGCAGCAAAAACUUCAGAGAGGCUGUAGAAUGCGGAUGAGAGGGAGAAAAAGUUGUAUACGUUAAAAGAUUUUUGUGCUGAGUUGCGUUGAAUCUUGUAGCAUUUCAGUUUAUUGUUUUCAUUCAGGGAAUUUAUGA